ACUCGGGCUGUUGGUGAGGUUGAGAAGCCGAUUACCGGUAAGCUUUUUCUUUAAAACCUAUGGAUCAUACCAAAUCUUCUUCCUUCCUGACUGCAGAGGAGGAAAACAAUGAGUCGGUCUAGCAGAACGCUGUAUGUUGGUAACCUUCCUGGGGAUAUUCGAGAGCGAGAAGUGGAAGAUUUGUUCUACAAGUAUGGUCCAAUAGCUCAUAUUGAAUUGAAAGUUCCACCAAGACCUCCAGGUUAUGCUUUUGUUGAGUUUGAGGAGGCUCGUGAUGCCGAUGAUGCUAUUCGUGGUCGCGAUGGCUACGAUUUUGAUGGGCACAAAUUACGGGUGGAACUUGCCCAUGGUGGUCGAGGCAGCUCAUCUUAUAAAGAUCGUUAUAGCAGUCAUAGUAGCGGUCGUGGUGGUCGGGGUGGUGGAGUUUCUCGACGGUCUGAUUACAGAGUUUUGGUGACUGGUUUACCCUCUUCUGCUUCAUGGCAAGACCUCAAGGAUCAUAUGCGUCGCGCUGGAGACGUUUGUUUCUCCCAGGUUUUUCGGGAGGGUAGUGGUAAGAUUCAGUACGGCGGGCUGAGUGUAGAUUAUUGUGAUUGCAAUCCAGAAUUUACGAUUGAUGAGCCAGCUGCGGUUGUUACUGUUAAACCGACAACCAAACAAAUUGUGGAGAUUAUCGUAAAUGAGAUAUGGGACGUGACACGGAAUCAAGUAUAUAUGGAGCUCAAAGAGCACGAGAGAAGAGUCUGGUCAGUUGACUUUUCAUGGUCGAACCCGACACUGGUGGCUAGCGGGAGCGAUGACGGUUCUGUUAAGCUCUGGAAUAUCAAUCAGGCAAUUUUAUUCGAAAACUAAACGUAACUGCGAUUAUUUAACUAACAGUGAUUUAUAAUCGAAAACUUUGAUAUAUAAUUUGUUUU